AUGGGUUGGUUCGAUGACAACAGUGACCAGGCUCAGUCCUACGACCAGUACCGCAACCUGGACAGCAACAACGACGAGCACAAGGCCAAGUUCAGCCAUGAGCUUAUUGCCGGCGCUGCUUCCUACGAGGCCAUGAAGGCCUACGAGAACCACGUCGCCAAAAACGGCCAGCCCCCCAGCCACGAGAAGGCCAAGGAGCUCCUUGCUGGCUUCGCCGGUGCCUUCAUCGACCGUGAAUUCGAGACCAAGGGCCUUGACUUCAUUGACCGCGAGAAGGCCAAGAGACACGCCGAGCAACAGCUCCACGAGGCCUCUGCUCAGGAUUGGUAA